GUAUUCGUUAUAGUUUGGAUGUUAGUGUGGAUGAAGUGAAAGCCUUAGCAUCUCUAAUGACAUACAAAUGUGCUGUGGUUGAUGUGCCAUUUGGUGGGGCAAAGGCUGGUGUCAAGAUCAAUCCCAAGAACUACACCGACAAUGAACUGGAAAAGAUCACAAGAAGGUUUACCAUGGAGCUGGCAAAAAAGGGCUUUAUUGGACCUGGUGUCGAUGUUCCUGCUCCUGAUAUGAGCACAGGGGAGAGGGAGAUGUCCUGGAUUGCUGACACCUAUGCCAGUACCAUAGGACACUAUGAUAUUAAUGCACACGCCUGUGUAACCGGUAAACCCAUCAGCCAGGGUGGGAUCCAUGGGCGUAUAUCUGCAACUGGUCGUGGUCUCUUCCAUGGAAUUGAAAAUUUCAUCAAUGAAGCAUCCUAUAUGAGUAUAUUAGGAAUGACUCCUGGAUUUGGGGAUAAAACAUUUGCUGUUCAGGGAUUUGGUAAUGUGGGCUUGCAUUCUAUGAGAUACUUGCAUCGUUUUGGAGCAAAAUGUGUUGCUGUUGGAGAGUUUAACGGUUCUAUCUGGAAUCCUGAUGGGAUUGACCCAAAGGAACUAGAAGAUUACAAAUUGCAACAUGGGACAAUCAUGGGCUUCCCUAAAGCACAGACACUUGAGGGCAGUAUUCUGGAAACAGACUGCGACAUUCUCAUCCCUGCUGCCAGCGAGAAGCAGUUGACUAAAGCCAACGCUCACAAGGUUAAAGCAAAAAUUAUUGCUGAAGGUGCCAAUGGGCCUACGACUCCUGAAGCUGACAAAAUCUUCUUGGAGCGGAAUAUCAUGGUUAUCCCUGAUCUUUACCUGAACGCCGGUGGCGUAACAGUAUCCUAUUUUGAGUGGCUGAAAAACUUGAACCACGUCAGUUAUGGUCGAUUGACUUUUAAAUAUGAAAGGGAUUCUAACUACCACUUGCUCAUGUCUGUCCAGGAAAGCUUGGAAAGAAAAUUUGGGAAACAUGGUGGAACUAUUCCAGUUGUGCCUACAGCAGAAUUUCAAGAUAGGAUAUCGGGCGCGUCUGAGAAAGACAUUGUCCACUCUGGGUUGGCUUAUACAAUGGAGCGUUCUGCCCGGCAAAUCAUGCGUACUGCCAUGAAGUACAACCUGGGUCUGGACCUGAGAACAGCUGCCUACGUCAAUGCAAUUGAGAAAGUCUUCAAAGUGUACAAUGAGGCUGGCCUGACCUUUACAUAAACAGGCUGUUACCGCUCCUUAUUGUAUCCCAUCCCUCUUGCUGUUAAUGUACCCUCUUCUUGAGAAAGCUUAUCACAAGUUUACAUGUAACCACAAAAUUUUCUUUUCUUCUGACAUUAUAGUGGAUUCUAUUCUCAAUUAGUUUCAGUCCAGACUAGUCUUUUUUUACAAUAAAAAAUAAAUCCGUGGAUUAGGAAGUGGUAUACAGCUAUGUAUCUGAAGAUAACAGUUCAUCUGCACUUGUGGGGGCCAUUCUGGGUAUUUCGCCUACAAAACAAAAUGGUACAUUUUACAUAUAAAAGAGUGGUCUUGCCACCUGAGCCACUUCUCAGACUUCAGAUCAGAUACUGUACUAGAUGAGCACUUAGCUCAUUAUUACUUCAUGCACUUUUGUUUAAUGAUGUAAUUUUGGCUUCGGCACUUUCAGUAAGGCCUUGUAUGAUCAAUGCUGUGGCAUUGUCAAAGGAAGAAUGGGCCUCCAGCAGGGAUUAACUUUGAUAGGAGUCUAGUUUUUAUUUGUAGUAAAGCUUCAGGCCUGAUUCUCUUUAGGCAAUGUUUUUUCUUUAACUGUGCUGCUGUUGUAGGACUGCCUUUUAUUGCUUAUUCAAGCUAGCUUGACUAUCACCAUGAAGUGUAUAGAGGUGACAGACUAAUAUUUUUAUAAGCUGAAACUAUUGAGCAACUCUAGUUAUGUUUUUAAUCAAGUAUCCACAAAACUAUUCUGACUGUAGGUUGUUUUGUUGGUUUUUUUUAAAGGGAUAGUCUGAAUUUGGUAAGCACUCAUACUUAGGUUUUUUGGAAUUUCUUUUUGGUCUUUUCCUUUCAGAGGCUUUCUGAAAAUUAGAUUCUGCCUCAGUGAACAACUAAAGUGAAAUAGAACCCAGAAAUCAUUGGCCAAACUACAGAGGAGCUAGAAUGCUGCUAUAAACUUAAUCCACUGUCUUAACACACACACAGCCUUCUUUAUUUUUUUUUGUCAUCAGGAGGUCUUGAAAGUUUUGAACAUUAUUACAGUACAACAAAAUGGACCUCAAAACAAUAUUGGAUCAAGCACAGUUUUUAAAGCGUAAGGCUUUUGUCCUGUGGAGUCCCCUUCAAGUGCCAGACGUUAUUUAUGUAAUGAAUAUGAAUGUUUUUUUUAAAAGACAAUUAGUCCCUCCCAGAAACUCAUGCUUUUUUUCUAACUACUUUGUAACUGCAUGACAUAACCUGGAGAGAAGAGCAGUUAUUAAAAAAAGUUGACCUUUCCAAACC